UGCCAUGCAGCCGCUAUUGCCCAGCCGCAAUCGAGAGCAGCGACGAGGCGCUACGUCGAGGCGCUGAGGUCUAGUUCAGAUGGGGCGCCAGCUGAAAGUACUGCUGCUGGUUGGCGGCCUGGUGCCUACAGCAUCUACAUGUCAAGGUCUCUUCGGUGAUGAUUUAGAUGACGAUGAUGGGUGCACCGGCCAGCAGGCGUGGAAGCUCAAGCUCUACGAGAAAGGCUCGGGCUGCGCGGGAGAGGCGUACCUUGGCAAAGUCAUUGGGGGCCAGGUUGAUUAUGAUGAUUGGGAUUCGGGCUGCGAGGACGUGCCGCUGGCCGACGAGCGCGCGGUUCACUUUACUGAAUGCACCCUUGAGCAUGCGACGCUCUCCGUGUACUCGACCACUGGAUGCCCGACCGACGCUGCCCUGGAGGAGCGGACCGUGCCGAUCUCAAAUUACGACGAGGGGAGCGAGUGCGUCGAGGGCCUGUUCGACGACCUCGACGCGAUCAUCAUGUGCCCGAGUGCGUACUACGGCGUCAUGUGCAAUGCCAGUGCAGGUGUCUCCUACGUGCCCAUAGACGAAUCAGACUGCAACGACGCUUACCUGGAAGGGAUAGUCACCAAUGCCAUCAAAGGUGAACAGACCGUUGAUCUUGACGGUUGUGGGAGAGAGGAUAGGGAAUUUGAGUUAUUUGUCCAUGACAAGAUAGCAGCCUGCGGCGAAAUCUGCGAAGCGACGGGCGAAUGCGGCAUAGCGAACAUCGGCAACUGCGAGAUCGACGGGCGGCCCAGGCACAUCUACCGAAAGGUGUGCGACCCCAACGCCACGGUGCCCACCCUCGACGAAAUCAUCGCUGGCAUCUCUCCGAAUGACGACGCAACUAUCCCUCCGACCUUCGAGGGAGUUACAUUGCCUCCCGCAUUUGAGCCUAGUAUUAGAGGUGUUUUUGAUGCCGUAUUGAAAAAUGUUUGCGCCGACAAAAAUACUGCCGUUGGCGUCUGUCACAUCGCGGAGGGCCUUUGCAACCAUAUUAAUCUUGACAUGGGCACGUGGCAAUGCGACGACGUCUUCGAGACCGGGCUUUCGUCACAGUUUCCUGAAGCUGAUGCUACAGAAACAUGCGAAGACCUGCAGGAGGCUAUGUAUGAUUGCGGACUGGAGCCUUAUCCUUGCCAAACGGAACAUCGAGCGCUCGCCAAGUGCUCAUUCGAAUUGGGGGCCCGGAUCUACUACGGCCACGAGUGCGAGUUUUCCUGCCCGGACACCGCUGAGACUCCGGAGACUGCCGGUGAGCUCGGCAGCGCGGCAGACGGCGCUCGCAAGACCACGGCCGUAGGCGCUCUCCUCGGGACCGCCCUUCUCUUGUGAGCAAAGAAUUUGAAGCACCAUUUCGAAGACUCCAAAAUUUUACCCCUUCCCCUCCCAUUCGCCUCCCGGACGAGUAUACUAAUUUGCUACUUCUAGUAUAUUCGCGAGCUACG